AUCAUUCAUUACAAUAUGCUGUGAUCGUUCUGGUCUUCUUGUAUCCCCUUCAUGUGGCUGCCUAUCCAAAUGGCUCUGUUGAGGCUUCAUGUACGACAAUGGAGCCUGUUCAUGGCGUCAGCGCUCAAACAUCUACACCCCCAUAUAAUCUAAUCCUGUCAAAAUACACCUACAGUCCAGGAGAAAAGAUCACAGUCACCUUAAGAAAUACGUCAGCAAAUGCUACAAUUGAAGGUUUUAUGAUCCAGGCUCGGGAUGCCAGCUCCUCCACUCCUCUUGGCUACUUUGAGGUCAACAACACAGAUGUCCAGACAUUGAAAUGCACCACUGAUGCUAGUGCAGUUACUCACAAGUCUUCAACAGAGAAAACAAACAUCCAAGUCACAUGGGUGGCACCGAAUGCCACUUUCUCAAAUAUCCGGCUCAGGGCCACUGUUGUCCAAAAUGGAGAACGUUAUUGGAAGGCUAUAGUUAGUGAGAAGCUUGCAUACUCUGGCUCAACUGGAUAUCAAAGUUUGGUUCCAGGAUUCGGCCAGAUACUCCUGUAUAUCACUGUACUGUCCGGUGCCCUGUGUCCAUUCUGAAGCUAAAUCUCUUCUCUGUAAUACAUGUCAGGAUUUCAACAGCCAUGACCUUAUCCACGUAUAAAUAUACAUCUAUGCAUAGUCAUUGAUAAUCAUUAAUUUACCAGUAACUCCAUGAUCAAAAA